UGACAGGUCCAUCUAAAAAUAACUUGCGCCUCAUAUUCUCUGCUCUCGACCUAUAGCCCAAAGCAGUAUUUUCUUAAUAAAGAAGAUAUGGUGUGUUUCUGUUUCCUGGUGGACCAGACAAGGCGGGUGAGGAGGAGCAAGCCAGCAGCGGGGUUGUGCUCCCGGUGCGGGAGCGGGGCCAGCGUGGCUGACAUGAUGACGGCAACGAGGUUCUGCUAUGUCCCGUUCUAUUGGAGGUCCUGGAAAGCCAUCAUCUGCACUUUCUGUGGCGCCAUUCUCAAAUCUUAUCGGUAGAGUCGAUCUGCCUGCACUCUGUCAGUACAAGAGUGAACUCUAAUCAUGUGGUAUAGAGAGACUGUGAGUUCCCGGCACUAUAGCUAGCUUCGGAGUCCCGCGUGGACCUAGUUACAUAUAUGAGCUCCGAGAGGCAGGGAUGUUUCCGGGUUGCCGUGUAUGCUUUCCGAGAAAUUGUUGAUCUGGAACGUUAAUAUAUCGAUUCAACCAUAGCAUAUACCAUUUGCAUGCAAUGAUAAAAACUAUAAAGGUUUUUAAA